UUUUCCCGCAAAGCGUAUCGGUUUACGGUUAAUUAAAUAAAAGUAUAUUUUGUUGGAAAUAUAAAACACAGUGUGAUCAUAAUGGUGUUACAUGUGAAAAUUGUAAGCCCAGCACUGCACUGAGCUUUGAAGCCAGGAGAAUAUAGUAAAGCGUUGAAUCUUAAACUGUUCGUGUGUAUGUGUACGCAAGUAUAUCGAUUUCUGCAGAAUCCUUGGCAGCAUCCACUACAGAGGCAUCCAUAAGCAAGCGAUAUAAAAUUUGUUGUCCAUUGCGCCAUGAAGCGUCAGAACGUUAGAACCCUGUCGCUGGUGGUGUGCACAUUUACCUAUUUGCUCAUCGGAGCGGCAGUCUUUGACUCGCUUGAAUCACAAACUGAAGCAAAGCGUUGGGAAUUUUUGCAAGCGAUAAAGAAUAAUUUCGUUGAGAAAUACAAUGUGAGUGCAGAAGACUACCGGAUGAUCGAAAUAGUAAUAAUAGAGAACAAACCACACAAGGCGGGACCUCAGUGGAAAUUCGCUGGCGCAUUUUAUUUCGCCACUGUGGUGCUAGCAAUGAUUGGAUAUGGGCACUCCACGCCAACCACUGUGGCCGGAAAGUUAUUUACAAUGUUCUAUGCGAUGGUGGGCAUUCCCCUUGGGUUGGUUAUGUUCCAGUCCAUUGGUGAGCGUUUGAACAAGUUUGCGUCCGUGAUAAUUAGACGCGCAAAGCGGGCAAGUGGAGCGCGAUGCACUGACGCCACUGAAAUGAACCUGAUGUUGGCCACUGGAAUGCUCUCCUCGAUUAUUAUAACGACCGGAGCAGCUGUUUUCUCUCGCUAUGAGGGCUGGAGCUACUUUGACAGCUUUUACUAUUGCUUUGUCACGCUGACCACUAUUGGUUUUGGAGACUAUGUGGCCCUCCAAAAUGACCAGGCGCUGACGAACAAGCCCGGAUAUGUGGCCCUAAGCUUAGUAUUUAUACUGUUUGGACUAGCAGUGGUAGCCGCCAGUAUUAACCUGCUUGUACUACGAUUCAUGACAAUGCAAGCCGAAGACGCCAAGAGGGACGAACAGGAUGCCCAAAAUCUUGCUGCUGGCAACCAGCCACUCACAUUUGAUGACGAGUCUACGUACAACAUGCACGGGAAGCUCUUGGAAAACAACUACACGACCGAAAACGAUGAGACGGUGUCCCUGUGCUCUUGCACAUGCAUGGGUGGGACACGGUGUUUAAACCACGAGCAAUUUGUUGAUCCGGAUUUCCAGCCGAUGGAUAUAAUUGAAAGCACUCUUUGUCUGAAGCGUGCAUCCGUUUAAUAGAUUCGGCAUCGGCAAAUUCCGGCAGUCAAAUGAACAUACAUAUGUAUAUGCCAAAUUCUUCUAGUGAUAAUACAGAGUCUGGCCUCUGCAGAGGCUGCCAAAUUAUAUCUGUUUUUGAGAGACCCACGUAGAGAACCCAACCACCAUAAGUAGAUGUAUUCCUCAGUUCUAAAUAUAGAAAAAUAGAAGCUAAUCCUUCAAAAUAUAAA